AUGCUGCGGUCCAGAAGGUGUGCGCCGGGAGCCCGCAGCCCUGGGCAGAUACGCCAGCAACCCUAUGUUCUCGCGAACCUCACGCUUCCGGCCGGUGACACCUCUAUGGCCAGCCUCCCCAAGAGCGUGGUGUGUUCGGAAUGCGUACUCCUUCUGGGUCGAUUGAUCCAAUCCACUCCAUUCAGCAAUUACAGUCCACGAAUGGCCAAGGAAUGGGCUGCCAUUCAAGCGACCUGCGGCGUAUCCUAUCCGACCGCAGUCCAGCCUGUGACCGGCAACCGGACAGACUUGCCUGGAUACGCGCCCCCGGGCUAUGCGACGGCCCAAUGCUUGACCGGGAAGACAUAUACCGUGGUCUCGGGCGAUGACUGUGGGAAAAUUGCCUCAAAGCAGGGUGUCCCUCGGGGGUCACUGAUGUCUAUCAAUAAUAUUCUCCCGGAUUGUUCUAAUCUCCAGGUUGGACAGAAACUUUGUAUCCCAAACACCUGCCAGCUGUACACGAUCAAGUCGGGGGAUACUUGCAUGCAGAUUACCAAUGCAUCAAGUAUCACAUUGCCCCAGCUUCGCUCUUGGAACCCUUUCAUUAACGCUGGUUGCAGCAACCUCAUUGCAGGAGAUCAGAUCUGUGUUAGCCAGCCAGGCGCUGUCUGGACGGGCACAACCAUCCCUCACGCCACAGUCACCAAGACUGGCGUUUAUGCUACAGAAACUGUCGCUCCGCCAGGGCCCGUGGCCUUUGGCACAACUCCUCCCAGCAGUGAGCUGAUCCCCCAGCUCCUCAUCCACCGCGUCUGGUGCUGCAGCACCUGCGGGACUUACCUCAGCAGCAGCGCCCGGUGGGUCCGGGAGCACCACCACCAGCACCAUCCCACGAUCGGCCGGGACCCCCCGUAG